CUGUGUGGGUGAUAUGUGAAUCUUGUCUCCUCACAGGCUUUCGCUAUCUAUCCACAUAAUCUUAGGACGUUGAAUUGAGGAUUACAGAGGAUUUGUUCAGAGCAGAGUGAGCUUCAGUUGAAGUUGUAGAUUUUGUUUGUCUGUCUGGAGCCAGUCAGAUAGCAAAGACAUGGCCUGUGUUGGAGUAAAGAAGUGGCUUUCCUUCCAUGCAAGGCAAGGCCACAGCAGCAAAUCCUUCAAGCUUCAAACAGCUUGGAGGGAGAGAGAAAGACUUAGAUUUGUGUACUAAAUUAAGUGAAGGGGGCGGGGGAUUUAAAGAAAAGGCACAGGGGGGGUGUUUCUUGCCCCUCUCUCCCCUUUUCUCUCUCCCUGCCGGUCUCCUUGGUCACACAUGCACACAUACUACUCGCACACACACAAACAUUGACGAGGGCUCAGUCCUGCUAUGGCCACCACCACCACCGCCACCACCACCACCGAGGAGAGAUCUCUGGUCCUGGCCACUUUAGCACCGCAGCAGCCUGACUUGGAAACUAGCGUAGAACCCGGCUCAGCAGCAAACCCUGAGCCCAGUGAGACCCAGUGUGAGAGAGAGGGAAAGGAGGAUGAGGAAGAGGAGGACGCGGGAGGAAGCUCUUUGCCGGGGCAGGAGAAUGCGAGAGGGCAGAGUUCGGACCCGGAGUGGCUGGAGGAGAGGUUCAGGAUCGACAGGAAGAAGCUGGAGAACAUGUUGUACGCUCCAAAGCAUGGAGAUGCUGAGACAGGCGAGGAGUUUUUUGAGAGAGUGAUGAGAGAAACUAACACACAGGUGAAAUGGCCAUCCAAGCUGAAGAUUGGAGCCAAGUCAAAGAAAGAUCCACAUGUCAAGGUGGAAGGGAAAAGAUCCAAUGUUUUGGAAGCCAAAAAGAAGAUCCUGGAGGUGCUAGAAACCAGGGUGAACAAGGUAACUCUGAAGAUGGACGUGGCCUAUACCGAGCACUCCCACGUCAUCGGGAAAGGUGGUGGAAACAUAAAAAAAGUGAUGGAGGUCACAUCCUGUCACAUCCAUUUCCCUGACUCCAACCGCCACAAUGCUACGGGAGAGAAAAGCAAUCAGGUCUCCAUUGCUGGGCCCAUAGAAGGUGUGGAGGAAGCCAGGAGGAAGAUAAGAGAACUGCAGCCACUGUCCUUGACCUUUGACCUCCCAGUCAGUCUGGUGCCCCAGGCUCUGCCAGAUGCAGGCUCACCGCUCAUCCAGCAGGUAAUGCAGACGCUGGGGGUCAGUGUGAGCUUCAGGGCUGUGGCACCCCAGCCUCAGGCUCAGCCCCCCUUUUACGGAAGCUGUUGCACCAUCUGGGGCCUGCAGGGCAACGCAGCUGCUGUCAAGAAGGCGACUUGCAUCCUGAUGGACCUGCUGCUGGGGUCAGAGGUCACAGGCGGUAUAGUGAGCAGCCAGCUGGAUGUCACCUCCCAGCAGCAUGUUUUCCUGUUGGGUCAGAACGGAGCUCACUUCCUGAGCGUCAUGCACCAGACCCAGACCCAGAUCAUCUUACCAGACCUCAGUGCUCCUCAGAGCCCUCCCUCGCUGCUCAUCCAGGGCAGCCCCGACGGAGUGUGUCUGGCUCGGCAGCAGCUCAUGGACUGUUUGCCUGUGUGUUUGAUGUUUGACAUGCGUGAGGAUGGAGAGGCAGAUCCCUGUCAGCUGGCUCAGAUGAUGCAAGACCUGGGAGUUUUCAUUAGUGUCAAGCCCAAAGUAAAACAGACCAGCAAGUCAGUGGUGGUCAAAGGUCUGGAAAGGAACAUCUCCUGUCUUUAUGAAGCCCGCCGUCUGCUCCUGGGGCUGGAUUCCUGUGAGAUUGCCAAGGUAAUCGAUGUGACCCCUGACCCCAUGUUAAACGGCAGCGGGCUGACCAACUAUUGGCUCAACAUGUUGCUGCAGCAGCUUCGUCUGUCUGAGCAAGGCCCCAUGUCUGCUCCCACUCAAGAGGUGCUGAGUGGUACCAAGCCCCGGCCCUCACCGCCACCAGGCCUCAUCCCUCCCGCUGACGAGGGGAGGACAGGUUUGAAGGGAACAGACAGUCGGCCAUUGGAGAAGAUCCUUGAAAAUGAGGACCAGUCUGGUCAAUCAGAGGAUGAGAGCUGUAAGGGGAUGGUGAUGUCAUCAGCUGAGGUGUGUGAUGCAGUGAACAGCAUCAGUAGGAUGGCAUUGAUGAGUCGGAGGGGGAGUCUGCAGGGCCCUGAAAUUGUCAAGGUCUUUGGCCAAGGCAGACGACAUUCAACAGGGCAGGCGCUAACCUACAGACUGCUGAACACAGAGAUGGAGGGAGCAAGGACCGAGCGGAGGAACAGCCUGAGGAGAGACAUGAUGCUGGCUCAGGAUGUUCGCACUGACUCAUCGAAGGCGGAGGAUUAUGACUAUGAGAAAAAGAAACUACUGGCAACCAGAGCCAUGCAGAGGAAACCUGUGGUCACCGAGGUCCAGACACCCACAGACACCUGGAGUGGCCUUGGCUUCUCCAAGUCAAUGCCAGCCGAGGCUGUCAAAGAGCUCCGUAACAUCAGCCGCCGCAGUUACAAACCCUACCUGAGCACCAGCACCAGCCAGCAGCAGUCUUGGGCCACUCAGACAGGGAAGAUCUGUAAUGGGAGUGACUCUGAGAACUGGAGGGACAGACGUGGAUCCACAUCCUCAUCCUUUCCCGUCUCUUCCUCUUCUUCCUCCUCCUCCUCUUCCUCCUCCCCUUCCUCACCUCCUUCCACUUUCCCCUCAUCCACCUCCUCCUUCCCUGCAUUUGUAUCGUCAAUGAACAGAAGCAGAAUCGACAAGCCUUCAGAGAGCUUCCCGAGCAGCGGCAGCUACUUUGACGGCGCAUGCUCAUCGAGGAGGGCAUCGACCUGUAGUCAGCGGAGCCCCUCCCCCCAAAUGUGUGAUGACCUGCCUGAGCUGCUCAGUCAACUUGGCCUACUCAAGUACAUUGAUGUGUUCGAACAACAAGAGAUUGACUACCAGACAUUCCUCAGUCUAUCUGAAGAAGAUCUGAAGGAAGUGGGUGUCUCCACCUUUGGAGCAAGACGCAAGAUGUUAUUGGCAAUCUCAGACCUGAACAAGAGCAAGAGGAGGCUCUCAGACACAGCUGCUGUGAAGCCCGGAUACCUGGAGGGCGGUGCUAGUGGAAGACUGCCACGAAUCGUGGAUCUAGAAGUUGCUGCUCAGAGUAAUCGCUGGUGAGAGAAGAUGCCAGCCAGUUCUGAGCUCUAUCUGACCAGCAAGGAGCUAUUUAAAAAUCAAAGAAAUGCAUUGAUUCUGUUGCCAAUGUGAAAGUCUUAUCUGCUUAUCUUUUACUAUGAAUGGUUAAAUGAGCAAACAUUAUGUAGACAUUUAAAUGCAGUGCCUUUUCUCUACAGCCAUACCCCAAAGGUUUUUCUUUAAAAAAAAUGAACUCGAGACAAGGAGGUCUUCCUUUACAAUCCUCUGAUUCUGCAAGAAACAUACAUGUGAAAAUAUUGAUUAUAUUUCUCUUUUGUGGCAUCUUUUAUUGUUAUAAAGUGCCUUUAUUAUGCAAACUUACCAUGGUUGUCACACAUUUAUGCAAUUGUACAUAGACACCCCUGCCCCCCUCCAAAAAAAUUACAAUGUAUUAUGAUAGUGAUGAUGAAUAAAAAAAAUAUUUUAAGGUUUAA